AGGCUUCUCGCAAAUGCAACAUUUACUUUUCUGAAACACUAGUUUCCUAGGGAAAAUUUUUUAUUAUAAACCUGAAUUUUCUAAAACCUCGUAACCAUGGACUCCGCUUUGUCAUUCAUGAAAUAUAUUAUUUUCACUUUCAACUUUUUAUUGUGGUGUCUUGGAGGUGCUCUUUUUGGAUUAGGUGUGUGGAUCCGAACCGAUGAAGAUUUCUGGGAAUACGAGAACAAUCUUCCUGUUCAGAACUACUACCAGGCUACGUACAUUGUUAUUGCUGUGGGAGCCAUUCUCCUCAUCAUCGGCUUUAUUGGUUGUUGCGGAGCUGCAACAGAAAGUCCUUGCCUGCUACUAACAUACUUCAUCAUCAUGUUUGUGAUGGUAAUACUGGAAAUGGCUGCUGCCGGAUUGGUUUGGAGGGCUGCAAGUGGAGACAAGCUCCAAGAAUUCCUGACAGAGCACAUCGCAGCCGAGAUGGAGAGACAGCAAUAUGAUGAGAAUGCUCGUCGUUUCAUGGAUUUGAUGCAAAUACACCUUGAAUGUUGCGGGGCUACUUCCAUGUUGGAUUACAGAGACAAGGGUUGGACCAUUCCUCAAUCAUGCAGUGACGAACGCUCGAACAACGUCUUCAUCAGGGGUUGUGGUGAAAACCUUCGUCGGUAUCUCGCCUCUAAGGGAGGAAUUAUAGGAGGUCUGGCAGUAGGCCUAACGCUUAUCCAGAUCGCCUGUUUACUAUUCUCCGUUUGUUUGUUCUGUGCCUUGAAGAACGAUUCAAUGAAAGACUUUUGAACUUAAUUCUACAUAUUUGCAUCAAAUCAAUGUAAACCAAAAUGGCCUAUUUAAUGGUCUCAAAUACUGAGUAAUACCAUGAUCCCAUUCAUACCUUAAAGGUAUACACACUUAAAACUUAGUAUUGCUGUUCAUCGUCAGUCGUGUUCACUUUUGUGCCCUUUGUUUUAAUUCACCUUUAAAGAUGGUUAUGGUUACAUAAGACUGAUAAUUUGUAUUUCAGUUAUAUCACGAUGACAAAUAAUUAAUCGCUUUAAAUUUUCACGUUAAAAACGAAACAUACUCUAAACACAGUUAAAAAAGAAAACUUCUAUUUCCUUAAUGUUGUUUAGAUGUGCUGUUCGCAUAACUCACCCACAUUUCAUGUAUAAUAUUUUGAGAUUCAGAAUAGAAGUUUAGCGAAUCAUUAAAUCAAUCAGAAAUAAAAGAGGUGGACAGAAAUAUUAGGGGUAUGAUUUAAAUAAACAAUGUUUCAUUUUAUAUUGAAAGGCUGUCGUUGUUUCUCUUGCUCUUGUAAUUUUGAUGUAUUUUUGGAGAGAAUUGUUUAUUAUUUCCAUAUAUUACAUUGUAUAAUGUAAUGUUUAUUUCACAUUAUGUCCUUUAAUGGAAUUUUCUUUAAAAUGAUACCACGUAUUUUCUUCUUAAAAGAGGAUUAAAAAGGUAUUAGUUACGAAAUCGUUUUUUUUUCUUUCUUUGUAAUAUUCAAUAAAAGUCCGACUUUUGUCAAAAUCUAGGAGUGAUCAUGUUUAUAUGUGCAAAGUAAGAGGUACCACAAAGAAAUAGAAACCACAAUACAUUAUCAAAUAUCACAUACUUUAUUCAGUGAAAUUGAUAUAAGCCUUUGGAACAUCAUGACGCAAGUUCUUUGUCAAAACAUGUAGAAAAUGAAAAAAGAAAUUAACAUUUUCAACCAAUAUUAAGUCGCGGGCUGGUCCUGUUGCAAAGCUCUGGAUUUCUAAGAUAUCGAGCCAGAUUCCAAUCCAUGCGAUAGCAUGAAAAAUAUUCUCUGCACAUUAAGCUAUGGGUGCAUUAUAAGGAUAACAGCCAGUACCCUAAAA